AUGGCAGACAAAUUCGAAGUACCCGUAGUCGAUGGCACAAUAGCAGCGCAAGCCGCACUCGAACAAAAGAAUGAAAUCGUCGCACUUAAUGAUACAGACGGCUCAUGGAAGUUGGAUUUAGGUAAGGGUUUUCACACGCAAUGGGAACAGAUUACAGCAUUAUUAACUACCAGUUUGGAUGAAGAUGCUGUUGAGGCCUCUAGUCACGGUGGUAAUUCAUCGAUAAAUGAUGCGGCUGAUAUAACAGAAGAAAAAGUUUUCAUCAUUAGUCUUCUGGGUAAUACAUCAAGUGGUAAAAGUUUUAUAACGCGAUGCUUACUCAGUGACUCGGAAGACACUGAUUUGGUCAAUGGUCCAGUGUGUAUCGAUGAAGCAGAGAAAAAAGGUGCCACAACAACCAACAUAAAUUGUUACUUGAAAAAGUUCACGAACAAUCAAAAGACUAUUGUCUUGGACUAUGAAGGUGAAAAGGGUUCUGGAUUUCCCUUGCUACAGUUUGCUCAGCAACGUCUUGCACGUGUGUCACGAACUGCAGAAAAGGCACAACAGCGUCGACAAGCCGUCACGGAUUAUUUCCCCAAACUCGCCUAUAUCCUCAGUAACGUCGUCAUUCUCAUAGGCAAUGAUGAUCUGGCGUCCACUGAUUAUUUGACUCGUUGUCGUGAGUUUGCCUUGAAAGCAAAUGAUGGAGUCAAUCAUAUGGUCAAUCCACCAAUGCUCAUUAUUAUUCAAAACAAAGGAUCUGUAGUUCAAUCGCAGAAUUACGAAGAGAUCACCAAAAAAUUCUUUGAUAUCCACGGACAGGAGGCAGCUGUUUUGGAACGCUAUUUCUCUGACAUUAAAUGCUUCUGUUUACCGCAUCGGGCACAACUUCAACGGACUAAAAACGGCCUCAAGGACGGCCAAGUUAUUUUUAAUCAACAAAUAGUCGGCAUGAAAGAAAUCUUUUUGAAAAGUUAUAAUGACAGUUUAGAACGAGCACUGACGAAUGCCCAAUGGUUAUAUCUGCUUCAACGUGUUUUACCCAUAGUUCAACAAGGCGAAUCAGUUUCGUUACAUACACUUCUUAGUGAAAUUGUCGCCCCUGACGGUGAAAAAAUGAUCGAUAUAAGUCGUCGUUGCUUCUUGUAUGCUUAUGAAAAGCAGGCGAUUCAUUCGCCUGCAUGGUUUUACUGUUGCUGUUACUUCGCUAUUCGUGUAAUGACUCAUUUUCUUGCGGUGCAAAAUUAUCAUCGACAGGAACUGAUGUCGGAAUGCGUUGUCAGUGAACAGUGUGAUAAGGCCUUGAGCGAACUGUCGAAAAAACUCGAUGAAUUCCAGCCAUGUGAAGCACUCUACAGUGGAAAAGGCCGUUCAUCGAAAAAGAACGAUACUGAGAAGCGUAUUUACUGUUACCAACACAAAGGUGCCCACAGAGAUGGUCAUCGAACAUGUCAAUCGGUGUAUGGGUUAACUCGGUUGAGCGAGUUUUUUGGUUGGAGUUUGACGGAUAUCUGGCAAGGUGACUUCAUCUCUUCGACGAAAAAUAAGUUUAAAAAUACAAUCUUCCCAAAAGCUAUGGUCAAGGAUAUGUCAAGUAUGAUAAAAGAUCUAGUGACCAUCUUUCGACAAGACCAAUAUGCUGUGUAUGAUAUGUUUGCUGUACUAUUAAAUGAGCAAUUCAGCGAAAAAUCGCCGAUGAUUUUUAGACGUAUUUGCUUUCAUCCGCUAAAACCAGCUUCACCUUUAGGCGGCUCGCUUCGACUUGAUAACGAUCAGAGACAUACACUUAGUCGCCGAUUACUGUAUCAACAGUCUUUGGCCGAAUUAUUUUUAAAGUCUGUCAAGGCAACUAUCAAUGGCUUUGGUUCAUGUGACGAGUGUCAAGAAAAGCUCCAUGCUUCAUGGAACAGAUUAUUAUCAAUCCCUCGUCCACCACCUGCUCAGAUUUCUCAAGUGGCAGUCGAAGAGGUACAGGGUUGUGCCAUCUGUUUCGAUGGUCUUCGCAAUUUCCUCCUCAUCCCUUGCGGUCAUCGGGGUUACUGCGAAAAAUGUGCUGACGAGAUUCUUCGCGAGGCAGGCUAUUGCCCAUUUUGCCGGGCACCGGUUAGUGCAAAACAGCGCGUGAUUGAUGUUUGA